UUCGGAUUGUGCGCCGUCGUUUUCACGUUUCAGAAACACUCAGAGAGAGAGAGAGAGAGAGAAAGAGAGAGAGAGUCUUCUGCUUUUUCGUCGUCGUCGUCUUCUUCUUGUGGAAGGUAAAGGGUAAAGGGUAUGGUGUAAAACUGCAAAAAAAAGGAAUUCCGGCCCUCUUUAAAUCCCAGGUAACGAACUUCGCAUUGUAUCGUGUUCAUGCCUAUGAAAAAUGUCAGAGAAAUUGGAAUUGAUAAAGGAUGUAUAGCUCAACAAGAUCAAAAGCUACCUGGACUCCGGGGCACCGGAAGGUAUUCUUUGAUCUUUGUCUAGAAGAGAUGGACAAAGGGAAUAAGCCGGGUACACACUUUACUAAGGAGGGUUGGAGGAAUCUCAUCCAAGGGUUCUACGAGCAGACGGGUUUAAGGUACACCAAGAAGCAAAUGAAAAAUCAUUGGGAUUUCACCAAGAAGCAAUGGAAAGUUUGGGUUAAGCUCAUCGCCGAGAGUAGUAUGAAGUGGGAUCCUACGACCAAUCAAUUUGGUGCUAGUGCAGAAGAAUGGGCUAACUACAUACAGGUGAACCCUGAAGCUGCACAGUUUCAGCAUAAGGAAAUCCCGUGCCCUGACCUAUUGGAAAUCCUUUUUGUUGGCACUACGGAUUCUGGGGACAUGGAACCUUGUGAUUCUCAGAGGAGGCAAAGCAAUAGCUCAGACAACUCCUAUCUGCACUCAGAAGAACAAGAUUUGGUGACUGUGGAGCUGGGAGAGGAGCAUAUUUCAAAUGCUGUUCCAUUAAGGAGUUAUGUGGCUCAAUCUGAACACCGUCUAACAACAGCAAGUGAGCAGAGCAUAUCUAGCUCAUCCCAUUCAAAGGCAAAGGCCAUUUGGUCGCCUGCAUCCCACGGUGUAUUUAUUGAUCUAUGUCUAGAAGAGACAUUGAAAGGGAACAAACCUGGGACACAUUUUACCAGGGACGCUUGGAGGACUAUUGUUGAAUCAUUUAACCAAAAAACUGGCCUUAUGUAUGACAGGUUGCAGUUGAAGAAUCAUUGGGAUGUCACCAAGGAACAAUGGAGAAACUGGUGUAAGCUAAUUGGCACAACUAGUAUGGGUUGGAAUCCGAACACCAGACGAUUUGGAGCAAAUGAUGAAGAUUGGGCCAGUUACUUAGAGACUGACCCCGAAGCUGCUUCAUUCCGCUUUAAGGAACCUCAAUGCGCCGACAAACUGGAAAUCAUAUUUGAUGGAACAAUAGAUACCGGAGAGACAGAGCCUCAUGCUAAGCGUAGGAAGUACAACGAUAACUUGAGUACAUCCGUUUUGCAUAUAGAAGAAGAUGGAGGCAUAGCGAAUCAAGAGGAGAACAAUGUUGAGCAACUGGAUGCCGUAACAUUUGCUCUUGCACAAGGCAAACCCACUUAUAGCAUCGGGGAGUGCAUCAACUGUCUUGAUGCCAUGGAGGAAGUAGAACAAGGAAGUGAUCUCUAUUUGUUUGCAUUAGAUGUAUUCCUGAAAAAGGAAUACAGGGAAAUAUUUCUUCAACUGAAAAGGCCUAGUGUAAGAAUUGCUUGGUUGCAGCGGCUGCAAUCCGUCGGCCCGCCUUUGUUCUAGGAUGUUUCUUGUCUCUUGGAUUUCACUUGUUCUUUGAAAAGUAGUUGAUUUUUUUCUUUUCAUCGUCA